ACAACAACAGCAACAACAACAACAACAACACCACCUACAACAGCAGCAGCAGUCACAACAGCUGCAACAAGCACAGCACCAACAUCACCAACAUCAUCAGCAUCACCAGCAUCAUCACCACCACCAAGAUCAGCCACAGCAUCCUUCCCACUCUAUACCACAGACUCCAGAAGAGCAUCUGCACCAUCUUCAGUUACAAGAGCAUUUAGAACAGCUUCAACAUCAUCAUCAUCUUCAACAGCAUCAUCAUUCUCAACAACAUCAACAUCAGCAGCAACAUGCACACUCAGGGACAUCAAUGGGUCAUGCUGUGACUGGACUUCCUCAUGCCUCUGUGUCAAAUGGCUUUUCUGGUGAUAUGCCAUUAGGUAUGGCACAGUCAUUGGUUCACAGCCUAGCAGGGAUUGGUGCAAUUGCUGGUUUAAGUGGCUUAUCGAACUUAGGACCAACAGGCUUAGAGGGUUUGAGUAGUGCGGUGUCAGUUGGAAUGUUACCUGGUCUUGAGGCGGUGUCUUCAAGUAAUGCUGCUAUGUCUGUGAGCAUAUCCUCUAAUGCAGUACCAUCACAUAAUCAAAUGAUGGCAAGCGGUCAUGAUUCUCAGCAGGAUAUCCCUUCACACCUGCCAGAAACCAGUUUAGCAGAUUUAAAAGCAGCCGGUCUUGACACUAGUUUAGGUUAUUUCCCUUCAGUGUCACAAGCACAAGGUGACCCAUCUAUGAUGCAUAAACAAACAGAAGAGGAGCUUCAGGCUGAUGCCCAAGCAGCACUACAGAGAGAACAUGCAGAGGCAUCAGCACUUGCUACUUAUUUAGCAGCACAGGACAAGAAAAUGCAUUCUUCAGCACCUGAAACUCCCAAGUCAUCAGGUGGAGCCUCAUUUAACAAACCUAAGCCAACACCUAAGAACCUAAGCUCGUGGUCUUCACUAGCCCAAAGUGCCGUCCCAUCUCCUACUGCUUCGACCUCCCUCAAGACUUCUGCAAGUGAUUCAUUUGCUCAGUUCAAGAGAGUUGCAAAAGAGAAGGAAGCUAGGCAACGCCAGAUUAUUGAACAGCAAGAGCAAAGAAGACAACAAAAAGAGCAGGUUGAAAAGGAAAGAGCAAGACAAGAAGCAGAACGAGAUCGUGCGCGCUUGGAGGAAGAAGCACUAGAGAGAGCCAUGGAGCAGGCUAAAGAAGCAAGAGCUACUCAGGAACUGCAGAGAAGAGAACCUGUGACCAUCAGAGAGAGAGCUGCUCCCAGUGCCAAGGUUGCUACUCCCAUGACUGCUUCUACAUCACCUCACCCUCAGCUAGCAACACCUGCAGGUCCACCCAGCUCCCACCCCCCGGCCACUCCAACAUCCUCGCAUGAUAACGCGAAGCUUAGUGACCGCGAUAGACAAAAACUUAGAGAACAAGAACGAAGACGGAGGGAAGCGAUGGCAGGUCAAAUAGAUAUGAAUCGCCAGAGUGACCUGAUGGCUGCGUUUGAAGAGCAGUGUGGAAAAUAAAUCCUAAAAUUGACCAAAAAAUAUGCUCUGUUCAUGUCAGCUCUGUUCCUUGUACACAACUCGACUCAGAUAUCACCUAAGUCCCAUUAUUUGACAUGUUUUGUACAUAUAGUCAUAGCUGUGUUUAUAUUUAUUAUGGUUCUGUGAGAGUUCUUGUUGUUGCUGUACAUUUAUGUAUGAAACUUAUGGAUGUAAAUGUUACAUUUUGGCUGUGAAAUCGUCCCUUGCCAAUGCAUGUUGUCAACAGGAUGUACAACCAUUGGCCUCACUGCUUGAUGGCACUCUGUUCAUUUGGCCAGCCCUGGAUACAAAAAUACAAGUCCUGUUACUGCUGAAACCAAGUGAUUUUUUUUGUCAUUUGAGCUAAAAUUGGCCCUUAAAGGUGCCAUAUGAUGUGGCGUUAAAAGAGUGAGCUAUAUUGAUGAGUGUGAAGAGCAGUGCACGUGCUCAACUGUUUUGAUCAUUGUCAGGAUGAGCACAAGACCUAGCUUAUCACUUGCAGUGUACUACAUCAUGGCAGAAUAUUCUGUUUUGUCCGCCUCACGAUAUCUUUAUUAACUUUGAUGACUCUCAAUUCCACUGUUUUUUGCUUGUAAUUUUAUUAUUUCAUGAGUAGCAUUAGUGAUUAGGAAAGGCACACCUUUUGUGGUAUGUUAAAUACCUCCUAAAAUGAUUAUGUAUAUUUUUUGUUACCUUUGAAAACAUUCUGCAAGUGAGGAAAAGUCAGUGAAAUGAAAUUUCAAGAGCAUUUUGGCAGUGGAAUAACUGAAUCAUCUUUAUUUACAGUAUAUUGCUGUAUUGGUGCUUCACUGAGGAUAUAGGACAAUACAAAUACUCUGCAUUUGAAUCUUGUUUCAAUAUUACAAUUGUUCUGAAGAUUCUCAGUUGUCAGCUGAUUGUGUUACUCAGCUGCUAACGUAUGUUAUGGCAUCUUAGCCAGACAUUUAAACUUUCCAUAUUGACCAACGAUUUUCAACUAAGGAAAUGUUAAUCAAUAUUAGAUUUAGGAACUUUUUUAAUAAAAGGUGUUGAAGUAUUAGGCCUAUGGGCCUGUAGACCAUCAGUUUGGGUUUCUUUAUUUCUAUAACCUUUGGUAUGCUUUUGUUUAUUCUUGAUAUCAUUUACAUCUUUUUAUGAACUCAGUUUGCCAUAUUGCUUCAAGAAAGCUUCUCUAAAAUUUCAUAUUUGGGACUUACCUUAGAGUGACUACAAAUAAUAAUGGUAUUAGUAAGCAGUGACCAGUGAUGCUGUCUCAGUAGGUACAUUAAUUUUUAUAUUGCCUCAAAUACUCACACUUUUUGGUGGUUAAAACAUAUAUUGAGUUUAUUUUUUUUUUUUUUUUUUUUUACAUUCUAUAUUGUGGAGACAUCUUAGUAAAUAGUCAUAUUGCAACAUGCAGGAGGUUGUGCUAUGUCGGUGCUCCAGGGCUGCUGACCUUUGUAUAUAGCUGUAUAGUUUGUCAUGAUAAUAUUUAAUAAACAGAGAUGACAGCCAUGACUUGACUCCAGUGAAAUAGUAUACUGCCAUAUGCAUCACAACACAUACUGGCUUAUUGCAUUCCAUAUUCAAAUACUUUUUUUGAGUGUCAGAAAUUGAAUACCGUUGAUCAAAAACUUGAAAUGAGUAAAAUUGGUUUUACAGAAUUAGACUCGGGAAGUUUAUUUUAUGCUCCUGUUAUAUUAAGAUCAAAGCUCUUGUUAGGUUGAAAUUGAUAGUUAUUAGGAUUACUGCAGUUGAGCCCGGACACUUUCUCAUCACUAGACAGUGAGGUAAGUGUGAUAGCGUUAUUAUAUAAACCACUUUCCUGCCAUGACCGUUGAGUCACUUGUGCUGAAAUCUACACUUGCUGGAUGGUUUGUAAAUUCAAAUUUUAGGCCUUGUAAAUUAAUCAUAUAUGAGUAGAUGCGUUACUUUAAUAACUGGAUUUAGAGGUAAUGAGUUUCUAGUGAGAUAUACUUCCAUCUCUGGAAGCAUGAGUUUAUUCACUUAUGUCCAUAAGUAUUUUGUCUUAAAAAAAUUACAUUUAAUGAAAUUUUUCUUGUUGAAAAGGUACAUACAAAUGAUCUGAGUGGGCCUCUAAAAAUUCGCAAAUUUAUAUUGUUUAUAAAGUUGCAUUAAUUAGUCGUGUGAGUUCUUCAGAUUCCCGAGACUGAAAAUGACCAAUGACUACAUUUCUGAUUCAUAUAAUCUUGCUGGCAGGAUUGUAAUUAAUAAAAUAUAAAUAAUAUACAAAAACCACUGUGGUAUUAAAAUAUUAAUAAGAAUA